UCCUAUUUGACCUGCUUUAGGCUGAUGAAGCUUUCAUUACAGAGCACAUCCGGGAAGUUCAGCCUCUAUCAGCUAAACCUUAACCUCCUUGUUCAGUGGAAAAUCCCUUAUCACAUUGCACUUUUAUUAAUAAACAGAUAUUUGCCUUAAUAACUGAAAUGUGCUCAUAGCAAAUUGUGAAAAGGGACAUUUCAAAGAUUGAACUGGCGCUGUCAAUUUCACUUCCUCAUAUGUCACUACUGUUAAGUAUUUAUUUCAUCCCGCAACUGUUUAUCUUAAAGCUUAGAAAAUCCAAAUGACAGGGUUUAGAGCGCCUCUGCAUCGAGUUUUAAAACACUCCUCCUUUAGAAGAGCGGAUACGUGAUUAUGUGCAACCGUAAAGGAUGUGGUCUGCUGUGAGAUGAGGAAGAGAGUGAGGAGGAAGAAGAGCUCUGAACUUCUAAAAAGGCUCAAUGCAAAGCGCUCACUGCCUGCGCCGAGAACAUUUAAAAAGCCCGUCUCAAAUUUGGAUUAAUUCUCUGUUUGGGAAUCUUGACUUCUGAUUUUGUGAAGAUGCAUUGAAGAGAAAAAGGGGGUGCAAAAGAUGGAAGUGGAGGAGGCUGGUGAAACAAAGAGUUCCUGGUAUGAUGGCUUGUGUUUGUUUUUUUAUUACGCUUUGUUGACUGAACAGGUUAAUUGAUGAGAAUGGGGACAAUUGAAAGAAGGCAUGGGUACUUUUAAGUUUGAAUGCAUCUGACUUAAGUGUGAAAUUAUUUUAAUGUCAAAUUAAUCUGAACACGGGAAAAAAUUGCAAUUUGAUAGAGCACAAAGCUAUCUUUUGUGUCGCACUAACUCAGAUUGUUCUCAAAAUGUAUAAUUGUGAAUAUUUUGUACUUAAAAUUGUUCACAGGUUGGGGGAGACACACUCUGUCAUCUGUGAUCAUGCUGGGAAGAAGAGAAAACAAGACUCGACUUCUGAACCUGUGAUAAGAAUCAUAGAGGAUGAAGAGGAAGAAGAGGAGGGUGAAAACAUGCCUGCACACAUGAAGGAUUCAGAGGAGCCCAGUAACAAAAGAGUCAAGCCUGUAUCAAAGUCUAACAGCCUAACGGGGGUCAUAACCCCAGUGAAGACCCCUGCCCUGAAACGCAUCGGGCAGUCUAUUUCGCGAUCUAUAAGCUUUCGCACAGACGCUCGACCUUUGCCCCCUGCUCCCCUGCGCAGCCGCGGCAAGGCCUCGUCUUUCCCACGUAGGCGCAACAGCCAGUGCUGGAGCGACACGGUGGAGAGUCACGACCUCACCGCCAAGGAAAUCAAACGACAAGAGGUGAUCUAUGAGCUCACUCAGGGAGAGAAACAACUUAUCGAAGACCUCAAUUUAGUCAAGAAGGUGUACUAUGAGCCCAUGUUGAAGUUGGACAUAAUGACGGAGAGYGAGCUCGGACAAAUCUUUGGCACUUUGAACUCCCUCAUUCCCCUGCAUGAAGAUCUUCUGGACCGUCUGGAGCGGCUGAGGGGAUCGGAGAAGACAGUUGGAGAGGUGGGGCCCACUCUCUUGGACUGGUUCCCUUGUCUGGACGCCUACAUCACAUACUGCUGCAACCAGGUGGGGGCCAAAGCCCUGCUGGAYCAGAAGAAGCACGAGAAGCGCGUGGAGCACUUCCUGCAUUUGUGUCAGGAGUCUUCGUUCAGCAGGAAGUUGGACUUGUGGAGCUUCCUGGACCUCCCUCGGAGCCGCCUGGUCAAAUACCCUCUGCUGUUGAAGGAGAUCCAGAAGUGCACGCCCCCGGAGCACCCGGACGAGGAAACUAUACCCGAGGCUCUGGAUAAGAUUCAUGACAUAGUGGGUGAAGUGAACAAGAAAACAGGGGAGGCAGAGUGCCAGUUCUACCGGCGGGGUCUUAUGUACCACGAGGAGAGUCAGAGACUUCCAGAGAUCCAACAGUCUCGCUUCCUCUACUGCCACGGGGAGCUCAAGAACAAUAAGGGACAGCGGCUGCACGUGUUCCUGUUUGAGCUGGCUGUGGUCCUGACCCGACCAGGCGAGGACCGAGACCUCGGGCAGGUGUUUCACGUGUACCGGCAGCCGCUGCCCAACGCUUUGAUCAAUCUGGAGGAGAUCCCGGACGGCGAGGCGGCAGGGGGAGGAACCUUUAGGGGAGCGUUCACCGGGGGAAAUGAUAAAGUGAAGAACUGUUUCCGCGUGAGCAGCAGAGGGCGCUCCAAAGUCAACCCCUACUGCCUGCAGGCCAACGACUCCUUCAGCAAGCAGCAGUGGAUCAGCUGCCUGCGCCAAGCCAUCGUGCAGGCCCGGGACCGGACGGCUCAGACCAGCCAGUCGCCGCUCUCCCUGCACCUGGACCCCGCCUUGUGUCACAUAGCAGACCUGAGCCUGAGCUCGGACACAGACAUGGCGGAUCACACCAGCCGCUGAGUCUGAGCGCCGAGGACCGAUCGGCUCUGGGGAGAUACGAAACGGAACUGUUUGUGAAAGAAAAGACAAAAAUCUUUAUUUUUUAAUUUUACAGACCUAUUUUUUUAUUAUCUUGCUUUUUGUGAAUGAUAUAAUGACUGUACAUACUGGAAAACAGUAUUCUUGAAUGUGAAUUUAAAGUGGGAAAAGUUGUGACAUGCUGUUUUAUUUUAACUUUUUUUAAUAAACUGACAGUUAAAAUAUUUGUUGAGCUGCUUGAACACAAUGACACGUCUAUGUUAGCCAACACAAUCCACAGGGAAAAGAUUAGAGAUGAUUAUCCUCCCUCCCCUCUGUCUGCCUUUCACUCUCUCUCUCUCUCUCUCUCUCUCUCUCUCUCUCUCUCUCUCUGGUACCAGUGACAGGACGGACACAGAGAGGUAGACUUUCAGUUCUACCCUACAAACACACAGUGAAACCGUAGACGUUCCCUUAUGCAUUUUUAACAGCUCAGCAGAUGAUGGGAACAGUUUGGUUCGGACACUUUGUCCACAGAUAGAGAGGCGCUCAGCUGUGAACGCCUCCCCUGACUUUCGCCUGGAAGAGCAUGAGAAGUAAACCU